AUGUCUGCUUCGUAUACAAUUGAGACCGACUCUCUUCCACUUACCAAAAAACUGCACUUAUUCUCAGCACGUACAAAAGCAUUACCAAACGUUAAUGCUUCUUUGGGCCUCUUAAAAGAAUGGAUAGUCUAUGCAGCCAAAAAUUCGGACGGGAUAUUCUUAGCGUCGAAGGCUAUGCUAGAGCUCCCGUUUCCACCACUUUCUUCUGCACAACUAGGCAACCCAGAGUUCUGGAAUGCGCAUUGCCAAAUGAGAACGGUCGAUAGCGGUCGUUACCAGUCAUUUCGUCUCCCGAAAACCAUUACCGUUGAAACGAUACCAAAAGCGGAAGAAAGUAGUAAUGUUGUGGAUAGGGUAAUCACAAAUAUGGGCACCCUGGUUACAAUUUUAAGCAAUCGUUAUGAAUACGAGACGAUGUUCCCGAUUAUGGCAGUUGAUUUGCCAAUUCGAUUAAUGCAAUUUGUGAUCCGACGUGCUUCUUUGAAAUACAUUAACACGUUACCAUAUCACUACCCGAAAGUAGAAGAAAUGUCGGAAGGCCUUUUAUUAGGAGGAAUCGAUUACGAAUUAAGACAAUUGAAAAAACAACGCAAAGCAUACGCGAAAAAACUAGUGAACGAUGAUGAAGAAAAUUUCAAGAAGUUACAAUUCAUUUAUCGGGAUUUUCGUGAUCGGUUGCACGCGUUACGUCGUCUGCACGAUCCUCCAUUUGUUGUCUGUUUCUCGUUAGUUGACGAUCAACCAAUUAUUAUUUGGUUCCGUCAACGUGAAAACCCAGCAUUAAUGCGAUAUUUACCUGGAUUUUGGAAUGGGGAAGGUAAGAAAGAGGUGAACAAGAGGCUGAGCACGGAAAACGAUGAUGGCGUAAGAAAUUUUUUCUGGCCGAAAUUUAGCCACUCAAAGGCAAUGGUACGAAUUCCACAACACAUGUGUAAUAAUUUGAAAUGUCAAAAAUCUGACGGAGAUCUGCAGGAUGAAGACGGAAAGUUGUUGUUUACAUUUUUUGAUUAUCAUAGAAAACAACUUGAUGAGGAUGGUAAUUAUAUUGAUGAUUCGGCCGAGGAUGAGGCUGCUCUAGCCGAGUUGACUGACUUGAAGCUAUGCUCGCGAUGUAAAAGAGCUUCUUAUUGCAGUGUACAGUGUCAAAAAGAUGAUUACAGAAGGCAUAAAGUAGUUUGUAUCCCUGCAAAGCAGUAA